AUAUCUGCUCCAGAUUUUAGACUUCUGGUACAUGCCUAAACAUAUGUCAUAUAGGUGACAAUCGUUUAAGCCGACUAGCAUUUGUCAGUUAUCGUGUCCGAGCAUUGUGGGUCGCGUAUGCCAUUUCGCGCUAAAAAACAAAUUCGAGAUUAUUUUGUUGCAUCAAAAUCUUUGAAAGUUAUUAAAUAAAAUUGGUGUUUUUUUAAAUUUUUAUAUAGUUUCAAAUACGUAACGAGUGCGCAGUUGUCUUGUUUACGAAAAAGAAAGUUUUACUUAAGGACUAACAUCAGAUCUAAUGAAGUGGAAGGACCAGGUGCGAAGCCUAUCAAGAUGGGUGGCCACGGGAGGGUCGGACGACCCGCACCACGGCUACUCGCCGGUCGUGCCGUCGCCCUCCGCCUCCGCGGCGUCGUCCACGCUGACCGUGCUGACCAGCUCCAACGACAGCACCGGCCUCGCCCCUCUGACGGGCGGCCACAAGCGGCGCUCGGCGCGCUCCUACGUGCCGCGGCCCUACCCGCACAACCUGCUGCCCGAGUCCAGCUACCAGAAGCACCUGCAGUACAACCGCAGCUUCAAGAUGUCGGACGCGAGGCAGCAGAAGGAGCUGAACCUGCUGAUCGCCGGGCCGGAGCCCUCGCUGGGCGGCGAGCCCAAGCCAAGCGCGCCGCCCCCGCCGCCCCCGCCGCCCCUGGAGGCGGUCGCUGAGCCGGCCGCCGCUGCGGCCCCCAAGAAGCUGCUCUCCUGGAACCUCAUGCCGCAGAUCCUUGCUGCUCUUAGUGUGUCCUUUGGAUCCAUGAUCGUGGGAUUCGUAUCUGGCUAUACGUCGCCAGCUUUAGCAUCCAUGGCGAACUCCACCACUAAUCCAUUUCCUCUCGACAGACAGGAGGUUUCAUGGGUUGGCAGCUUGAUGCCCCUGUCAGCUCUGUUUGGAGGAAUGGCAGGAGGACCUCUUAUUGAGCUUGUUGGAAGGAAAGCAACCAUUGUUGGAACAGCAAUUCCAUUUGUUAUUGCUCACUUACUGAUUGCUUUUGCAAAUAAAGUUGGAAUGCUGUAUGCUGCUCGAAGCAUUUCUGGUUUUUGUGUUGGUAUUGCUUCCUUGUGCCUUCCCGUCUAUCUGGGUGAAACUCUACAGCCGGAAGUUCGAGGAACAUUAGGUUUACUGCCUACUACACUUGGAAACAUUGGAAUUCUGCUGAGUUUCAUUGCAGGUUCAUACUUGGACUGGUCACAGCUGGCCAUUCUAGGAAGUUUUUUACCAGUGCCAUUCUUCAUCUGCAUGUUCCUCAUCCCAGAAACACCAAGAUGGUUAAUUUCAAAAGGUAAUCAUGAAAGAGCACAGAAAUCACUUCAGUGGCUUAGAGGCAAGGAUUCUGACAUUGGUCCUGAGUUCAGUGCAAUUGAGGACACGCACAAUGCAUCCCUUAAGACUGAGACAACAAUUUGGGACCUUUUCAAGAAACCAAAUCUGAAGCCACUUGCUAUUUCUAUAGGACUAAUGUUUUUUCAACAACUGAGUGGUAUAAAUGCAGUUAUCUUCUACACAGCUUCAAUUUUUAAGAUGUCUGGAAGUACUAUCAAUGAGAAUUUAGCAACAAUCAUAGUUGGCCUUGUAAAUUUUGGAUCUGUGUUUGUGGCAACCAUAUUGAUUGAUCGACUUGGAAGAAAAGUACUGCUGUAUAUUUCUGCAACAGCAAUGACUAUUUCAUUGAUCAUCCUGGGGACCUUCUUUUCCUUCAAAUCUGCAGAAUAUUGUGUCGAAGCCUACGGCUGGAUACCACUCGUUAGCUUUGUUAUCUACGUUGUUGGAUUCUCACUAGGGUAUGGACCCAUACCAUGGCUAAUGAUGGGAGAAAUUUUACCAGCAAAAAUUCGUGGCUCUGCUGCAUCUUUAACGACUGGUUUCAACUGGGCUUGCACAUUCGUAGUUACGAAAACGUUCCUCGACAUUUUAAACAUCCUAGGAAUGGGUGGCACAUUCUUUCUGUUCGCUUGUAUAUGUUUUACAAGCAUAUUUUUUGUUUUCUUUUUGGUUCCUGAAACACAAGGAAAAAGCUUGGAAGAUAUUGAAAAGAACAUGACAAGAGCAGGCAGAACUGUGCGACGUAUGAGUUCCAUUGCUAAUCUUAGGCCAUCACCAAUGGCUGUGUGAACAUGUUCACAAAUAUCUUAGAUACGUAUAUAUAACAGACAUUAUCAUGCAUUUAGAUUUAAGAGUAUUAUUUGUAUAUUCAGAGUAUUUAUUUUCAUAUUAGGAAGUCUGUACGUUCUACUGGAGCCUGAAACUUACUAGAGUUAUAUGUAGCUGCCAGGCUUAAAAAACUAUAAUGUGGAGUGCCAAUGAAAUCUUAAUUUUACCAUGUUAAAUAUGGUAAUUUUUUGGGUACGGUAACUUGUUUGUUUGUUACUAUAGAUGUCAGUUAAGCAAGAACAUAUCAAGAGAAAAAAAUUUUGAUACACUGUUAUUCAUGCUUUUUUAUUGUGCCUUUCUAAUGUUACUAAGUUUUGCUUGUAGUAUUGCUAAAUAUAAGAUUUUGUUUGUGUCAACUUAUAUACCCAAAUGCUGAUAUUUGAUAUUGCUCUUGUGUAAAGUGCUCAUGAACAAGCAUCAAUAAAUAGCCUUCUGAACUGUAUUAACAUUGUUAAACUCUAAUGUACAUAAAGAGCUUAUAGCUUGUAACUGCUGGAACAAAAACUGCCCUUAAAAUGUCAUAAUUUUUACAUUAGAUCAAAAGUAUUAUUUCAAAAGAGUCCUCCAAUGCUAAAUCCUAAAGCCCUGUUUACCAACAGAAUUUUAUUCCAAAUCUUUAUUGCAAGAUGCUGCUAAAAUUUUAAAAAUUUAAGAGGCAGGACAAAAUAUCCUUUUAAUGGUAUUUCAUCUUGAAUUUAGUUAUAUAUCACUAAGGCGUAUGAUUUUAAUUACAGAACCAAAGCUGCCGAAAAUAUAAAAUUAAAUUUUAUGCAUUUUUUGUUUCCAUUUUGUACUAUUGGCUAGUGACAAAAAUAUUUAUUACUGGAAUGGUCUUCUUUAUUUCCCUAGUUUUAUUUCCUAAUAUAAACAGGUUAUAUGAUUGUUUUGAUAGCAAAUGCUUCUGUAUAAAUGAAAUUAAAAUAGCAUAGUGAUCAUGUCAUAAUAAGACUUAAUGCUUUAAGGCAUUGUAUACUAUCAUGUCUCUUACACUGAAAAGUAGUUUAUUAAAUAUAUGUAUCGUAAAUAUAGUUCAUUAAUUCAUUUUUCAUGUUUUCACUUCUAUUUUAACAUUAUUGUAGCUUGAUAUAGUUUAUAUUUAAAAUAUAACUGCAUCAGUGAGAAAUUAAUGUAAUUAUGAAAUAAAGAAUGUUAUUGAUGUUGAUUAA